AUGGCUACCGAAAUGUCGCACACAAAUGUCUCGCAGAGAGACACCGCCGACUCCUCCUACCCCCCACUGCCGCCAACUUCCUCCUCGAGGCACCUCCGUAUGCGAACCAAUACUGCCGAGAUAGACAGCACCAUCAUACAUCCUGGAUCCGUCAAGAUCAAUGUCAAGGGUGCCUUUAUAGUCGAUGAGGACUCCGAGUCCCCAAAUGAAAGGCCCCCAAAUGGCGGAUGCUAUGACACCAAAGACAUUCGGCUACCGAAUCAUACUGCCGUUGUCAGUCACAUUGCUGUCGAUAUUGGCGGCUCGUUAGCAAAGUUGGUCUAUUUCUCCCGCGAACCACACUCCCGCGAACCCGGAGGACGUCUGAACUUCAUAAACUUCGAAACUGACCGAAUUGAUGAUUGUAUAUCAUUCAUGGAGCAGCUGAAGGUCAAGCAGCAGGAGCUCAAUGGGUCAAAUCCGGGGGCGUUAUGCGUUAUGGCCACGGGAGGUGGUGCCUAUAAGUACUAUGACAAGAUCCGUGACGUUUUAGGCGUCGAUGUUUUGCGUGAAGACGAGAUGGAGUGUCUAAUUAUUGGGCUUGAUUUUUUUAUUACCGAGAUCCCCCGGGAAGUUUUCACCUAUAGUGAAACAGAUCCAAUGCAUUUCGAGGAUCCCCAUUCCAAUAUUUACCCCUAUCUUUUGGUCAAUAUCGGCUCUGGGGUGAGCAUGAUCAAAGUUUCCGGCCCGCGAGAAUAUCAGCGAGUAGGAGGUACUUCUCUGGGUGGCGGCACACUUUGGGGUCUCCUAUCCCUCUUGACUGGCGCCAAAACGUUUGAUCAAAUGCUGGGCAUGGCCGAACGAGGCGACAAUGCUAAAGUUGAUAUGCUUGUUGGCGACAUCUAUGGGACUGAUUACGGCAAAAUCGGGCUAAAAAGCACCACAAUCGCAAGUUCCUUCGGCAAGGUAUUUCGUAUAAAACAAGAGGCCGAACACCAGGCUGAAGCUAGUGGUGGCCUUCCAAAUGGCGAUGCGGAAUCGCCAUCUCCCCAUAUCAAUAGCUCGGAAGAACCUUCUAAACCUAAGGACGAACCGCCCUUCGACGCCGCAGAUAUCUCUCGCUCCCUCCUGUAUGCAAUAUCGAACAAUAUCGGACAGAUUGCAUAUCUGCAAUCGGAGAAGCACUCUCUAUCCACGAUCUACUUUGGUGGUAGUUUCAUUCGCGGCCACACACAGACGAUGAAUACGCUCAGUUACGCAAUCAAAUUUUGGAGCAACGGUGAGAAGAAUGCCUAUUUUUUGAGACACGAGGGCUUUCUAGGGGCAGUAGGGGCCUUUUUGAAGCGACAGCCGAGGAACUGGGGAAGGAGAGGCAGUCUUGAGGAAGGUGGGGCAUCAGAGUUUGAAGCCAGGGCAGAGGUUCGGGCUUCCGCUCCUGACUACGACAGAGGGGCAAGUUAUCCUUCUUGCUAG